UAUAAUUUGCAAAAAAUGACUGGAAUGAUUCUACUCCAGUAAGAUUUUUUAAUGCAUAUCUACAUGGUACUGCCUCUCAACAGCCUGUCCUGGUUUAGUGUCUGUGCCUGUGUCUGUGUGCACGCGCGUGUGUUCUCAUGGGGACUAAUAGGACCGACUGUGUGCAAUGAAAGUCCAAUUGUCACGUGACACAGGAGCUACAGCACCAUUGUCAUGGAAACGGGCAGCUCAUCAGAAAACAUCCGGGUUUCCCACUGCAGCAAGCGACUCAGCCAGAGGAAUCGAUGAGAUAUUUGGUCGUCAUGGAGAAUAACAGGAAUGGGAUGAUGCCGUUCCCACCACCCAUCAGCAAAGACAGGGCAUUCUGGGAAUUUCCAAAGUGCUACACACCUGAGGCUUCUCUGCAGCUGAAGAAAGACUGGGACAUUCAGGCUAAAGCAGCCUGUAAAGACAGAGCUGCCAGGCAUCAGCCGUGGGACCGGCAGAAAAUGUCAAAAGUGGUCGUUGUUGGGGACCUCAAUGUGGGGAAGACCUGCCUCAUUAAUAGGUUUUGUAAAGAUGUAUUCGAAAGAGACUACAAGGCCACCAUUGGAGUAGAUUUUGAGAUUGAGAGGUUUGAAAUAUCUGGAGUACCUUUCUCCCUUCAGAUCUGGGAUACUGCUGGGCAGGAAAAAUUCAAGUGCAUUGCGUCUGCAUACUACAGAGGUGCUCAGGUCAUUAUCACAGUCUUUGAUAUGGCAGACAUUAAGUCCCUGGAUCAUACACGCCAAUGGUUGCAGGAGGCAAUGAGAGAAAAUGAGCCUGACUCCUGCUUCAUCUUCUUGGUUGGCACUAAGAAUGACCUGCUACCCUCAGAGGAAAGACAGAGGACAGAAAAAGAUGCCAUUAAAAUAGCAACAGAAAUGCAUGCAGAGUUUUGGGCAGUUUCUGCUAAAACAGGGGAGAACGUGCAGGAGUUUUUCUUCAGGGUGGCAGCUUUGGCCUUUGAGAAGUGCAUGCUGAAGGAACUGGAGAAUGGGGUUCCAGCUAGCAUCGGACGAGGUGAUUGUAUCAACUCAGAUCAUGCCAAACUGGAGGAGGCCACAUCCCAAGACAUGAAGAGAAGCUGCUGCUGAUGAAAAGAGGAACAGAGAGCUGUUAAAGAGAGCAAAACCAGACAGAGGCUGUGUUCUGAGCUUUAACUGCAUCAUGUUCCACUGGACUGAAAUGUGCUUUAGGACAUGUACCAUUAGGUCUCUUAUUUCAUCAAAACAGCCAUGUAUUUUAACCUUUACAGAAGGUUUGACCAGUACAUGUUCUUGAAAGUCUGUUGUUAUUGGACUGAAACUAUUAAUAAUGGGUUCUUUUUGCAGAUACUUAUUCUUAUAAAUUUGACCAUUUAUAGCAUAAAAGUCCAAAAAGUAUUCAAUGGAACUAAAUAUUUAGACUUUGAGAAACCCAGCAUAAAAUCAUACAGUGGUAAUAACUAAUAUUUGAGUGUGAUCAGCACAUCUCAUCACAACCAGCAUGGUUUAUCUCAUGUAGGUCACUUCUACAAACUCCAUUGUGUCCAUCAUUUCAGAGGGUGGCAGAGGUGUUUGAACCUUAUUGCAUUUGGGACGUAAGGCCAACAUCAUCCCUCAUGACACCUUUGUAUGGCCACUAAAGAUUGUCUUUACCACUGUAACAGUGUUUAUUUCCUUGUACAGUGUUGUUGUGGAAUAUUGUUGAUUAUUAUGGGUAGUACACUGAUAAAGGAACAAAAUGUUUAAAUUGAGAGGCUAGAAUUUGGGAGCAGGUAAACUAAAUGGUUAUGUUUCCUUUCAACUCAACAUAUAUAAUGGUCAGAUUAUAAUGUAAUUUCUUGAACUAAUAUCUUGAUACAA